GCAGGUUGGUCCGGAACGCCGCGCCGUGCACAAAUCCCCCGCACAAACACGCAUUACCCCGGCAUUACGAUCCCAAUGAAUAAGUCAUUACUUAAACGACGAGCAGUCUACCUGCACAAGCUAGCCUGAUGGCUUCCAGGCCAGACACACUUUCACAACGAAUUACCAAUGCUCGCCAACAUCUACACUGUGAUCCUGGCCCUUCCCGUAGCCUUUUUAGGCUAUUGGGCGGUACAGAUCCUCUCCAUCUGGAUUCGACUUAGAGGAGUUCCGGGGGUACGGGCGCCAGUCCUGGCUAACAACCCCAUCUCAUCCAUUCGUUGGAUGCUCAAAACACUACACAUGCAAAAUCAAAAUCGCUUGUAUGAGCAUUUUACUUCAGCCUUUGACCGGGCUACACCUCAGUGUCCCAACACUGUGGAAUUCCAAGUUGGCAGACGCCGUGUUCUUAUGACCAGAGACCCUGAACAAGUCAAAACGGUCCUUACCGGCAAGUUUGCAAGCUUUGGAAAGGGAAAAAUGGUUCAUGAUGCAGCGAGUCCUUUUCUAGGCGAUUCCAUCUUUACCACCGAUGGCCAUCAGUGGCAGCAAAGCCGCACUUUGAUCCGACCCAUGUUUGUCAAAGAUCGCGUUCGUGAUAUCGAGAUCUUUCACAGCUGUGCUGAGGAGCUCAUGACCAAGAUUGUUCCCGGACAAUCAGUGGAUAUUUCUGAUCUCUUUUAUCGCAUGACGCUGGACGUCACAACCGAAUUCCUCUUGGGCCACAAGGUUGGCGCCUUGGAGAACCCACGUAGCGAAUUUAGCAAAGCCUUUACCGAAGUGCAGCGCAUGCAAGUGGUUCGCGUCAUUCUCUUCCCUUUUCGCCACCUUAUUCCAUUGCCAGGGUACUUUUCCGGUAUCAGAACAAUCGAAAGAUUUGCUGAUCCCUACAUUGAGGCCACCCUAAAAUUGAAUCCAUCCGAUCUGGAAGACCUAUCCAAGUCAGACAAGGGCUUUAGCUUCUUGCACCAGAUCGCCCUCUUCUCGCGUGACCCCAAAGUUAUUCGGGAUCAAAUCUUUGCCGUGCUCAUUGCUGGCCGAGACACUACAGCGGCGACCCUGUCCUGGGCCAUGUACGAGAUUGCUGCACAGCCUACCAUCUGGCAGAGGCUACGCGAGGAGACUCUCGACCGUUUAGGGAAGGACGGCGAUCCAACCUACGAAGACUUGAAAGGAUUGACGUUUCUUAAUCACACGAUCAACGAGACGCUACGCCUAUACCCGGCCGUCCCAUACAACCUUCGAUCAUGCCUUCAAAACGCGACGCUUCCAGGCAAGCCGGGCCAGCCCGAUAUUGCCGUCUGUGAGGGAGAUGUCAUCAUGUACAGCACAUAUGCUAUGCAACGUCGACGAGAUCUCUAUCCAGAGGUUUCGGACAAGUUUGCCGAUCCUGCUGUAUUUAGCCCUGAACGCUGGGAGAGCUGGACACCAAAGCCGUGGCAGUUUAUUCCGUUCAACGGCGGCCCGCGCAUUUGUAUCGGCCAGAACUUUGCCAUGACAGAGAUGGCGUUUACGAUGGUUCGCCUGCUACAGAAAUACAGUCGCGUCGAGUACCGUGGUGAUUGGUCUGCACAGUUUCACAAAGCCGAGCUUGUCGGCUGUCCCGGGCAAGGCGUGCCUAUAGCACUGUAUGAGGAUUAAUGAAUGUUUCCUGCAGCCUCUGUUCUGGAGCCAACUAUUUCACCAGUCGGGUCUCGGUGCUCCAUCAUAUUUACGCGUUGACGUGUUUUGGGCUACUA